AUAUUAACAUAUCUUUAUACAAAGGAUCCAUAUCAAUCUAGAAUUGGGAAUUUGGGAUAAACGUAAACCCUAUAUAAUAAUAACAUAGAUGGACUUAACCCAGGGUUUGGUCAUAUAAGCAGCAAAGCAGAGAAAUCAUCAGUGAUUAGAAUCAGCUCUGUCCGUGGUGUUUUAGAAGGCGUGUUAUAGGAGGAUCUCUAGUUUUGAAACUGCCUCUAUGUUCUGAUCUGUUUUAUCUCUAUAUCUCUAUCGUUUGUUUCACUGUUUAGGUCUUGAGGAUGGCGGAACUUGCUUUUGACAUAGUCGUUGAGAUACUUGCUAGGGUUCCGGUUAAGGACUUGCUACGGUUUAGAUGUGUCUGCAAAAGCUGGCGUUCGUUGUUCCGAGAUGAGAGGUUCAUCAUAAAGCACAAAAAUCAUGUUCAUGCCCCAAGUACGUUAUUUCUAUUGGUGGUUUGUUGGCCACGGGAUACACCGCGCAUAUGCACUUAUGAAGGUCGCAAGCUAAAGACGGUAUUACAAGAGCCUGAACUGUACAAUGAUCGAGAGAAAAGUUUGCUUUUCAUAACUAGAGUCACCGGUCAUUGCGAUGGACUCUUUUGCCUGCUGCUUCAAGACAAGUCUUUAGCUGUUUGGAACCCUGUUUUGAGAGGAUUAAGAAAAGUAGGAAGAAUCAAUCAUCAGCAUACUUCGAGUAUGAUUGGUUUUGGUUACGACCACUCAACUCACGAUCACAAAAUCGUUUUGAUACCGCUCACUAUCUCCUAUAAAGCACAAGUGUUGACACUUGAGUCCACUGUGUCUAAGAUGAUUGAUUUCCCGUGGAGGACAUUUAUUGGCUUGAGCCGUGUGAACCCUGAGGGAAUCCUGGUGGGUGAAAAUAUCUUCUGGUCGUUCCAUCCUCGUGAAUCUGCUACCAUUGAAAACGGCGAACAUAUCUUCGGGUCGUUCCAUACACAUGAAUCUACUACCACUGAAAACGGCGAAAAUAUCUUGUCCUUUAGUCUAGUGUCAGAGACAUUCAACUACUGCUCUGGUCCUGGUGGAAAUUUUUUUCAUUUAAAGUUGUUGAAAGGAAGUCUAUGUGCAGUGGAGAACUGCUACGGUGGUGAUAUGGUUGUUUGGUGUGCGGAGCAUGAGAAGGAAGACAAUGGUCGAAUCAAAUCUUGGAGCACGAUCUUGAGGCUGACGGCAUCCGAUGUGGAGAGGUCAACGCGUUUGCAUGUUGGUUCGUUUUGGCUAGGAGCUGUGAUAAACCAGGCGGGACUGUUGCUUGUAAAGGUGAGGACACGUAAAAGUGAAAUCAAACUAUGCGAAUACAACUUGGAGGAGAAAACUAUGAGAACGGUUGAAACUAGUUUGCGCACAAGUUUAGAUUACCUUGAAAACAUGGAGGAGUAUGUUGCAACGCUUGUUCCUACUAGACCACAUCUACUAAGCAUUUAGCUUUUCUGUUUCUGACUUGUACUCAAAACCAAACUUUUCUCUCGAUCAUUGUACGCAAGUGCUCUGUAUCAAACUCCCUUGUUCUUCUUGACCUCUACUAAGUAUUUUAGCUUUUA